AUGAAAACCGGGAUGUGUUGUCGGGGUAGAUACAAGUUCGCCUUUCAGCAAGUCCAGCAGUUUGAUAUCGACCUUAUGUGUGGUAUUGGUGAUUGGCAGUCCCUUCUCGAGCAAUUUGAAAGCCUGAUACAUGCCAAGCCAGCCUGUCUCCAUCUGACCUUUGUCACUCUCGACCGGGAGACUCGACUCUGCAUACAACCGUCCUUGACCUUCGAAGCUACGUCUACGCGAUUGUGUGAGAUCAUGCCCAGACUACCUCUGGCAUUUCGAAGGACAACCCAUACUCGCGGCAAUAUCGAGCCCGCAAAACAACAAUCCUUGUCUGGCAAGAAGACGACGAUGAACCCGGUGCUCAGUAUACGCCAGAAUCUUGGAGAAGAAAAACAUAUCGCGGCUGAUUACUCAAUUCCUAACCGUCACCACGCAUCCGGUUCUAUCGAACGCCAUGUUCCCUCGGGAAGGUACGAAGGCCUCCUUGGCUAUCAGCGCUGUGUUUUCAAUGUUUGA